CACGUGACUAACCCAAGCCAUUAAGUCCGGCAGAAGAGGGAUUAGUUUAGUCUUGACCUUCAGGCCUGUUCUCAGUCCCUGGACUAUGUCUCAUAACAAUGAGUGUGACACAGAUAAAUGCCUGAUCUACGGGAGCCUGGGACUGGGAGGGCUCCUCCUCCUGCUCAUUAUCAUCCUGUUCGCCUGCCUGUGCCGGUUUUGUCAGAGAGUGAAGAGACUGGAAAGGAAUGCCCAGGUCACAGGGCAGGAGCCCCACUAUGCAUCUCUCCAGAAGCUGCCGGUGUCCAGUAGUGACAUCACAGACAUGAAAGAAGAGCCCAGCACUGACUAUGCCUGCAUCGCCAGGAACACAACCGCUUGAGCGCCCCCCAAAGUCUCCCUCGCCCUGGGUGGCUGCUCAGCGUCAUCCUAUGUGCACCUAGUAAAGUGUGGUUCCCCA